CGUGUCAAGGCUUAACUUAGGAUAGGUGAGACACAGUUCAACAGGCAGGCUCAAGACAGUGUCACUUUUUCAUUGUCAGUCACCAGGUAAACUUCCACCCUUCGUCACCAAUCUGCAGAGAGAAAGGCUCCCCGGUGAAGGACAGGCAGGGGUCUCUGUGGACGAUGAACCGCUACACCACGCUGAAGCAGCUGGGAGACGGCACGUACGGCAGCGUGCUUCUGGGCAAGAGCAAUGAGACUGGAGAGCUGGUGGCCAUUAAGAGGAUGAAGAGGAAGUUUUUUUCUUGGGAUGAGUGCUUGAAUCUGAGAGAGGUGAAGUCACUGAAGAAGCUGAACCAUGCCAAUGUGGUGAAACUGAGGGAAGUCAUCAGAGAAAAUGACUACCUCUACUUUGUCUUUGAGUAUAUGAAAGAAAACCUCUAUCAGCUCAUGAAAGAGAGAAACAAGUUGUUCCCUGAGUCAGUCAUCAGAAACAUGACAUUUCAGAUAUUACAGGGACUGUCCUUUAUUCAUAAACAUGGGUAUUUCCAUCGUGAUAUGAAACCAGAGAACUUGCUCUGCAUGGGCCCAGAGCUGGUAAAGAUUGCUGAUUUUGGACUAGCCAGAGAAAUCCGCUCGCAGCCACCGUACACUGAUUAUGUGUCCACAAGAUGGUACCGAGCCCCAGAGGUUCUGCUCAAGUCUAACUCCUACAGCUCACCCAUCGACAUCUGGGCCGUGGGAUGCAUCAUGGCGGAGCUCUACACACUCAGACCCCUGUUCCCUGGCAACAGUGAGGUGGACGAGAUCUUCAAGAUCUGUCAGGUGCUGGGAACGCUGAAGAAGUCAGACUGGCCUGAGGGCUACAACCUGGCCACCUCGAUGAACUUCCGCUUCCCAAAGUGUGUCCCCACCAGCCUCAGAUCCCUGAUCCCCAACGCCAGCCACGAGGCCAUUGCACUGAUGAAAGACAUGCUGCAGUGGGACCCUGAGAAAAGACCAAGCGCUGCUCAGGCUCUACGGUAUCCAUACUUCCAUGUCGGCCAGGCGCUCGGUGCUCCUCUUCAGUGCUCAGAGCGGCACAAGACUCAGGCAAACAUGCCCGAGGCGCCUCUGUCCCUCUGUAAGAUGGACCUAGAGUCCGGCGAGCCAAGUAAGACUCAGGCACAGCUGCAGACCUCCAACCAAUGUCUCCACCAGCCCCUUCAGCAGAUUAUUCUACCUCAGGACAACAUGGAGCCAAGCACAAAACAAGCAACAUAUUCCACCGCGCUGACAGAGGGGCAGCAGGAACCGCUCAGUCUGGUGAAAAGACAACCGAUGAGCUGGCAGGCUGCAACAAGAGGAGCUCCCGCAGGAGCAGAGAACAGCUUAACUGGAGUGAGGACAGGACGCCGGCGAUGGGGCCAGACGUCUUUCAAGUCUGUCGACAGCUGGGACGAUGGCGAGGACGCAGAUGCUGGCGUUUCCAUCUCCAAAAAACCCACUAUCAGCUCUCUGAAGGACAGGCCACUGGAUGGGCGCGGCUGUCGGUUUCCAGAGUCAAGGAACAAUACAGUAGCAAAGCUGCCGAGCAACAGCGGGCUGAACAGAGCUGACUCCACCGCCUUGUCCGCCAAGCAGCACUACCUCCGCCAGUCCAGAUAUCUGCCAGGCGUAAAUCCAAAAAACAACUCCUCAGUAGGGAGCCAAGUGGUCGGCAGAAACCUGUGGGGCAGCUCGUGUUUAAGCAGAGGACAGGGGCUGGAGUUCCCUCUACAUAAAGAUAAGCAGCCUUUAAAAGAAAAGACACUGGAGGAUCUUGAUCUUUUCAAAGAGACCUUCAUGAGCAACUCCAACAACCCCACCAAGGCGUACAUGUCUGCUUUGCCGAAGAUUGAAACAGGAGCAGCUAGACAGAGGAUUACACUGGCACCGAUAGGAGGCGCCUCUGCUAUUGAUCUGUCAUCUGCUGCUGAUCUAAGAGUUGAGUCUAAAAUCAAACCGUCCAAGUCCUCAAAUAAACGUUUGCCCUCAAAUGAAGAAUACGAAGGGAGGAAGAGCAAAUCUCUGAAUCCUCAGAUCCCUGCAUCCGGCGCUGCAGGAAAGACUGCCUUUUCAAGGAGCACAAACAUCCAGCCAGUGCACGGACGAGUAGACUGGACUGCCAAAUAUGGAGGCCACCAGUAGCACCGCACCACCACGGUUCCACCUCAUGGGAAAAAUCCCCACUUCAGUUUUGCCAGGAAAUAACAGACUUCAGAGGAGAAGUGUUUCCUGCUAGUCUGUUGUUACGUUUGCCAUGCGAUUAAAUGUUCCAUUGUUGUACAAGUGA